AUGUGUCAAAAUUCAUUUGUUUUGGUUCAAAUUGAGAAAAACAAGAAACUUUUAGUUAUCAAUAGCAAUUGUGUUCGUGAUAAUCAAGCUAUAUUUAAAGAUUUAAUUGAAGAGCAUACAAUAUUAUAUGAUGAAACACCUGCAGAAGGGUCUGUAUGGCACAAUGUUAAAGUACUCGGAAUUUUCGAAAAUGUUCAAACCGCCAAAGAAGAAAUGUUGAAAUAUAUGUUUACAAGUUCUGGACAAGAAAGUAAAGAUAAUACUGGGCCAGAACAAAUGAUGACAAAAUUGUCACCAACAAUGAAGAAAUAUUCUUCAGUUGAAAAUCUGUCUGACAGCGAACUUCUUUUCAAAGUUCCUUUGCCAUCACCUGUAUCGCAGAAAUCAGAACUUUCUACUUAUCAACAAUUGAUGCUUGAUAGAAUCAAAGAAUUCCAUGAACGAAUCCAGAAUCACUAUAAUCAAUCUCUUCUAGUGAACAUGUUGAAUAAUAGUUCACAUCAUGGUUUUAUUUGUACACAGGAGCAUUUACGUGAAUUUAGCUGUCAUUUAAAUAGUUCAGAGUUCAGAAGUAAAGUUGUGCACGACCUUGAACAACAAUUGACCAAUAAUGUGACAGAAUCAGUUUUUAAAAUUUUAAACUUUUUAUUCAAUUACAAUGCUAGAUUUAAUUUCUGUUGGAAACCAACUACAGAACAGAAGACAAGUGUGCAAAGUACAACUUUAUAUCAUGUAGUUAAAAGUGUGAUAAUUGAUCAUUUUGUUCCACUUCAUUUCUCAGAGGUGUUUCUACAGUCAAUAAUUGACUGUUGCUUUCAACAGUGGUUUAAACAUUAA